AUGCGGUUGCAGAGAAUUCUCUACGAAUAUUUAAAGAAUUCUACCUUACAUGGAGCACGAUUUAUUGUUGAUGAAGAUGCCUCACGUAUCGAAAAGCUUUUUUGGCUGAUUUGUGUCCUAGUUUCGUGGUUUGCCUCAUGGUUACUCAUUUCGGCUUCAUUAGAGGCUUUUAAAAACAAUGCAAUAAGUUUUGUAGCUGAAACAUCCUACAAGGACUGGGAAACUAAUUUUCCAGCUGUUGUAGUUUGUGAACUGAAGAACAUGGAUCGGAUUCAGGAAAUUGCCGAAGACCUCUGGGGAUAUGACCAUGACUUUACAUUGGAAGAAGUUCUGAGUGAAAUAGCCUUUUUUCGGGGGGAAUCUUAUCACACGGUUCAUGAGUGCGGUGGAGAGGGAUUGGAAGGUGGAAAUUGUUUUACUUCGAAUUUUUCAUACUAUGCUAAACUUGUUCGGAGUAGUUGUGAAAAAACUCUUUCAUCGUGUCAAUGGAAUGGUAAACCCUUUGAUUGUUGCAAGUACUUUGUUACUUUGGAGACGGAACUUGGAAUUUGCUAUGCCAUAAAUUCCUUACAAACGAAUGCACCUUUAAAAAUAAAUAUGUACUCGGAUCGGGUAACUGGGCCAGGUUCAUUGUUUAUGAAUGUUCUUACAGAAGCAAAUAUUUAUGUUCUUGGAGAGGAGGAGGUUCCAAAUCUUGUAACUCCGAAGACGGAAAUAUUAACUGUUGGUCCCUACGUGUCCUAUUCAAGAUUUAUUACAAAGAAAGAUAUUCAAAAUGAUGAACAAACUCGCAGUACGAGUGUUCAACAGAGGAAUUGCCGUUUCAAUGAUGAAAAUAUCCUCGACGUACAUACAUAUUACAGUUAUAGCGCUUGCAUUGUACAAUGUCGCAAGGAUAAGCAAUUUAGACUUUGUAAUUGCUCUAGUCACCUUAUGCCAAAUACUCCGGAAUGGCUUUAUUGCAACAUGACGGGAUUGCAGUGCCUCAAUGAAUACUACGAAGAUCUUUCAGUGGUUAUAGCAAAAUGGUCAUACGGGCGCAAGGGAUUGGUGUGUGAUUGUUUACCAUCGUGUAGUGAAGUUGAUAUCUCAACCGUUCUGGAUAGUAAAGAAAAUAUUUAUGGGCACCAAAAUCCUAUUUCAAAGGUCCAAAUAUCACUGAUGGAACUUCCAACUGAGCGAUAUAAACGUAAUGUUGUUCGAGGCAAAUUGGAUUUAGUUGUUUCAAUGGGCGGAACCACUGGGUUAUUUGUUGGAGCUAGUCUACUUAGUUUCGUCGAAAUAUUUUAUUACUUUACUGUUCGAGCAUACAACACAUUUGUUUCUGAACGAAGAAAUAUGUAAACGUUACUAAUACCAACAUGUAGUAGCUUUUGAAGUCUAUAUUUCAUGUAAACUUGCUUGUAUAAAACUCUACGCCUUAACUUUCAAAUGGAAAACCGAAAAUGUUUCAUUUUUGCCGUAUGUUUGCACCACAAGACUAACCUUUAAACUCUUGUAACUCGAAAAUU